CUAAGCAACAGCAGCCUAACCCCAGCUUCUUUCUUCCUAAAUGGCAUUCCUGGGCUGGAGGACGUGCAUCUGUGGAUAUCCUUACCCUUGUGUACCAUGUACAGUAUUGCCAUUACAGGGAACUUUGGCCUUAUGCACCUCAUUUACUCUGAAGAAAGCUUACACAGACCUAUGUACAUAUUCUUAGCCCUUCUGUCCUUUACCGAUGUGCUCAUGUGCACCAGCACCCUACCUAAUACCCUCUGCAUAUUGUGGUUCAACCUCAAGGAGAUUGGCUUUAAUGCCUGCUUAUCCCAGAUGUUCUUUGUCCACACCUUUACUGGGAUGGAGUCUGGGGUGCUCAUGCUCAUGGCCCUGGACCGAUAUGUUGCCAUCUGCUAUCCCCUGCGCUAUGCUACGAUCCUCACUAAUUCAGUCAUUGCGAAGGCCGGGCUCCUCACCUUUCUGAGAGGUGUGCUACUCGUUAUCCCCUUCACUUUCCUCACAAAGCGCCUACCAUACUGCAGGGGCAACGUUAUACCCCACACCUACUGUGACCACAUGUCUGUCGCCAAGAUAUCCUGUGGCAAUGUCAAGAUCAAUGCUAUCUAUGGUCUGAUGGUUGCCCUUCUGAUAGGAGGUUUUGAUAUCUUGUGCAUCACAGUCUCCUAUACCAUGAUUCUUCGAGCAGUUAUAAGUCUGUCAUCAGCAGACGCUCGACAGAAGGCCUUCAGCACCUGCACUGCCCACAUUUGUGCUAUCGUCAUCACGUAUGUCCCAGCCUUCUUCACCUUCUUUACACACCGCUUUGGGGGACACACCAUUCCACCCCAUGCACACAUUAUCAUGGCUAAUCUCUAUCUACUCAUGCCUCCCACAAUGAACCCUAUUGUGUAUGGAGUGAAAACCAAGCAGAUACGGGAAUGCGUCCUUAGGUUCCUGUUUAGGGGAAAAGACAUUUCUUCACAUGCCAUUUAA